AUGGUUAACGUGCCCAAGACACGCAACACAUUGUGUUGCGGCAAAUGUAAGAAGCACCAGCUUCACAAAGUAUCACAGUACAAAAAGGGAAAGGACAGAAUUAGUGCCUUGGGUAAACGCCGUUACGAUAUGAAACAAGCUGGUUUCGGUGGUCAAACCAAGCCAAUCUUUCACAAGAAGGCCAAAACCACUAAGAAAGUGGUGCUGAAGCUUGAAUGCUUGACUUGCAAGAAGAAGCGUUUUAUGACUCUUAAGAGAUGCAAGUCUUUUGAAUUGGGUGGAGAUAAGAAGAACAAGAACUCGGGCUAUUAA